CAGGUGUCCCGUGCUCUGUUCCUGUUCCGGCCUUUUCCCUUCCAACUCCUCAGGCAAAUGGCUCGCUACACGUACGUCCUGGUCCUGGUGCUUUUGGCCAUCUGCUCCCGAUGCGGACACACCGGCGCCAUGGCCAUGCCGGAUGAGGAGCGCUACGUGCGCAAGGAAUACAACCGGGACCUAAUGGACUGGUUCAAUACCAUAGGACUGUUAACUCCCAACCAGGUGGCCAACCUGUGCCGCUAUCCCCUGAUUCUGGACAACUCUUUGGUCCCAUCGGUGCCUAUUAGAAAACGCAACUCGGAGCUCAUUAAUUCGCUGCUGAGUCUGCCCAAGAACAUGAACGAUGCGGGAAAGUAAACUGGAAUUAAAUCCGAAUGAUAUGAACUAAACGGAACCACGGAACCUGGACAAGAACCUAUUAUUUAAUGUUAUAUUAUAGUUUUUUGGUGCGCUGGAGGAAAAUGAAAAUCCGCAGGGAAGAGCUGGUGUAGUCAUCUUAUAGAGAGGAAAGACCGUUUGAAUUUGUUGCUUAAAAAAAUAUAUAGAAAAAUAUACAAAUAGCAAAUCUUA